GCAGCUUCCUAACCGCGGAAGGAGACACAGAGCUCCUGCAGGACAAUGUGAGACACCGAGAGUUGAACCGACGCACUUAGCGAGCAGCCAGCCGGGAUGGAAGCGGGGUCGGUGUAACGGACACCGGAGCCCAACCUCGACCUGAAUAUUGCUGCAAAUCCGCCUUUUGUCGGCCGAAGGAGCGGCCGCAGCGAUGGGAAUACUGCGCUGAGGAGACGCUGAAGGCGGCGGCCCGACGAGGCAGAAAGAUGGGAGUCGCGCUGCGGAGCCUGUUGUGGUGUACUUUUUGUUUCCUCGUUCGAGGAGAACCUCUGCUGCUGUACGCGAACCGGCGGGACCUCCGGAUUGUGGACGCUGCACACGAGAAGUCUAAUGCCACGGUGGUGGUGGGCGGGCUGGAGGACGCCGCUGCCGUGGACUAUGUCUUCUCCCAGGGCCUCAUCUACUGGAGCGACGUGAGCGAGGAGGCCAUCAAACGGACCUUCUUCAACCAGUCGGGGGGCAGCGCCAUGCAGACCGUGGUGCCGGGCCUGGCCUCCCCGGACGGACUGGCCUGUGACUGGUUAGGCAGGAAGCUGUACUGGACCGACUCGGAGACCAACCGGAUCGAGGUGUCCGAGCUGGACGGGUCCCUGAGGAAGGUUCUGUUCUGGCAGGAGCUAGACCAGCCCAGAGCCAUCGCCCUGGACCCAGAGAGAGGGUUCAUGUACUGGACCGACUGGGGUGAGAUCCCAAAGAUUGAGCGGGCCGGGAUGGAUGGGACCAACCGCUCCAUGAUCAUCGAUAAGGAGAUCUACUGGCCCAACGGACUGACGCUGGACUAUGGCCAGCAGAAGCUCUACUGGGCCGAUGCCAAACACAACUUCAUCCACCGCUGCAACCUGGACGGGACCUCCAGGGAGGUGGUGGUGAAAGGGGAGCUGCCUCACCCCUUUGCCCUCACCCUGUACGAGGACACGCUGUUCUGGACCGACUGGAACACCCACUCCAUCCACUCCUGCAGGAAGCAGACCGGUGCCGAGCAGCGGGUCGUCCACUCGGACAUCUUCUCCCCCAUGGACAUCCACGUGUUCAGCCCCAAGAGGCAGCCCGACUCAGUGAGCAGCUCCUGUUCCCUGAAUAAUGGCGGAUGUUCCCACCUCUGCCUGCUGUCUCCGGUGAAGCCCUUCCACCAGUGUGCCUGUCCCACCGGAGUCCAGCUGCUGGAGGAUGGACAGACCUGCAGAGACGGUGCGACCCAGAUGCUGCUUCUCGCCCGGCGAACUGACCUGCGGCAAAUCUCUCUGGACACACCCGACUUCACUGACAUCAUCCUGCAGGUGGACGACAUCCGGCACGCCAUCGCCAUCGACUACGACCCGGUGGAGGGCUACAUCUACUGGACGGACGACGACGUGAAGGCCAUCCGCCGCUCGCUGCUGGACGGCAGCGACGCCCAGUUCGUGGUCACAUUGCAGGUCAACCAUCCCGACGGCAUCGCCGUGGACUGGAUCGCCAGGAACCUGUACUGGACUGACACUGGCACUGACCGCAUUGAGGUGACCCGGCUCAACGGGACCAUGAGGAAGAUCCUAAUCUCUGAGGACCUGGACGAGCCCAGGGCCAUCGUACUGGACCCUGUGGCCGGGUACAUGUACUGGACCGACUGGGGCGAGGUUCCGAAGAUCGAGCGGGCGGACCUGGACGGGAUGGAGCGGGUGGUGAUGGUCAACACAUCUCUGGGGUGGCCCAACGGACUGGCCCUGGACUACGACCAACGCAAGAUCUACUGGGGGGAUGCCAAGACGGACAAGAUCGAGGUGAUGAACAUGGAUGGGUCGGGUCGACGGGUUCUGGUGGAGGACAAACUUCCUCACAUCUUCGGCUUCACGCUGCUGGGCGACUACAUCUACUGGACCGACUGGCAGCGCCGCAGCAUCGAACGCGUCCACAAACGCAGCGCUGAGCGCGAGUUCAUCAUCGACCAGCUGCCUGACCUCAUGGGCCUGAAGGCCACCUACGUCCACAAGACCUUCGGUACCAACCCCUGUGCGGAGAACAACGGCGGCUGCAGCCACCUCUGCCUCUACAAGCCUCAGGGCAUCCAGUGUGGCUGCCCCAUUGGUCUGGAGCUCAUCGCCGACAUGAGAACCUGCAUCGUCCCUGAGGCUUUCCUGCUGUUUUCCCGCCACACCGACAUCCGAAGGAUCUCCCUGGAAACCAACAACAACAACGUGGCUAUCCCGCUGACUGGCGUCAAGGAGGCGUCAGCGCUUGACUUUGAUGUCACCGACAACCGAAUAUACUGGACCGACAUCACGCUGAAGACCAUCAGCCGGGCCUUCAUGAACGGCAGCGCUCUGGAACACGUGGUGGAGUUCGGUCUGGACUACCCAGAGGGGAUGGCGGUGGACUGGUUGGGGAAGAACCUGUACUGGGCUGACACCGGCACCAACCGCAUCGAGGUGGCCAAACUGGACGGGCAGCACAGGCAGGUUCUGGUAUGGAAGGACCUGGACAGUCCUCGGGCGCUGGCUCUGGAUCCAGCUGAAGGGUACAUGUACUGGACCGAGUGGGGCGGGAAGCCCAAGAUCGACCGAGCGGCGAUGGACGGUACUGGUCGCAUCACACUGGUGGCUGACGUGGGCCGAGCUAACGGACUGACCAUCGACUACGCAGAGCGACGGCUGUACUGGACCGACCUGGACACGACGCUGAUCGAGUCCUCCAACAUGCUGGGCCAGGACCGGGAGGUGAUCGCCGACGACCUGCCCCACCCGUUCGGACUUACCCAGUACCAGGACUACAUCUACUGGACAGACUGGAGCCAGCGCAGCAUCGAACGGGCCAACAAGACCAGCGGUCAGAACCGGACAGUGAUCCAGGGCCACCUGGACUACGUCAUGGACAUCCUGGUGUUCCAUUCGUCCAGACAGGGUGGCUGGAACGCCUGCGCCUCCACCAACGGUCACUGCUCACACCUCUGCCUCGCCGUCCCUGUCAGCAGCUUUGUCUGCGGAUGCCCCGCCCACUUCUCCUUAAACUACGACAACAAGACCUGCAGUGCUCCGACGUCGUUCCUGCUGUUCAGCCAGAAGAUGGCGAUCAAUCGGAUGGUGAUCGAUGAGCAGCAGAGUCCUGACAUCAUCCUGCCGAUCCACAGCCUGAGGAACGUCCGAGCCAUCGACUAUGACCCGCUGGACAAGCAGCUGUACUGGAUCGACUCCAAGCAGAACGUGAUCCGCCGGGCUCAGGAGGACGGGAACCAGAGUAUGACGGUGGUGUCCAGCUCCCUGUCUGGACCCAACCAGGGUCUUCAGCUCUACGAUCUGAGCAUCGACAUCUACAGCCGCUUCAUCUACUGGACCAGCGAGGUGACCAACGUGAUCAACGUGACCAGAACCGACGGCAGCCGGGUCGGAGUGGUUCUGAGGGGAGAACACGACAAACCCAGAGCCAUCGUGGUCAACCCGGAGAGAGGGUACAUGUACUUCACCAACCUGCUGGAGCGGUCGCCUAAGAUCGAGCGGGCGGCGCUGGACGGGACGGAGCGGGAGGUACUGUUCUUCAGUGGCCUGGGGAAACCCGUGGCCCUGGCCAUCGACAGCGAGGUGGGGAAGCUGUUCUGGGUGGACUCGGACCUGCGACGCAUCGAGAGCAGCGACCUCUCCGGAGCCAACCGGAUCGUGAUCGCCGACUCCAACAUCCUGCAGCCGGUGGGACUGACGGUGUUUGGGAACCACCUGUACUGGAUCGACAAGCAGCAGCAGAUGAUCGAACGCAUCGACAAGGCCACCAGGGAGGGCCGCACCAAGAUCCAGGCCCGGAUCGCCUACCUGAGCGACAUCCACGCCGUCCACGAGCUGGACAUGAGGGAGUACGGUAAACACCCCUGUACCUGGGACAACGGAGGCUGCUCACACAUCUGCAUCGUCAAGGGAGACGGGACCACCCGCUGCUCCUGUCCCGUCCACCUGGUCCUGCUGCCGGACGAGCUGUCCUGUGGAGAGCCGCCCACCUGUUCUCCAGAGCAGUUCUCCUGUACCUCCGGGGAGGUGGACUGCAUCCCUCAGGCCUGGAGGUGUGACGGUUAUCCAGAGUGUGAUGACAGCAGCGAUGAGGAGGAUUGUCCCGUCUGCUCCGAGUCCGAGUUCCAGUGUGACAGCCGGCAGUGCAUCGACCUGAGCCUCCGCUGCAAUGGAGAGAUCAACUGUCAGGACCGGUCCGAUGAGAACAAGUGUGAAGUCCGAUGUCCUGCUGAUCAGUUCACCUGCUCCAACGGUCAGUGCAUCGGGAAACACAAGAAGUGCGACCACAACAUGGACUGUACUGACAACUCUGACGAGAUCGGCUGCUACCCGACCGAGGAGCCUCCUCCGCCCCCCAACAAUACCAUCAGCUCCAUCGUGGGCGUGGUCAUGGCGCUGUUCGUGGUGGGAGCCAUCUACUUCGUGUGUCAGCGCGUCCUCUGUCCUCAGAUGAAGGACGACGGGGAGACGGUCACCAACGACUUCGUGGUCCACGGUCCGUCCUCGGUGCCGCUCGGCUACGUCCCGCAUCCCAGCUCCCUGUCCAGCUCUCUGCCAGGUAUGUCCAGAGGGAAGUCUGUCAUUGGCUCUCUGAGCAUCAUGGGCGGCAGCAGUGGGCCUCCGUACGAUCGAGCUCACGUCACCGGAGCUUCGUCCAGCAGCUCGUCCAGCACCAAAGGAACCUACUUUCCCCCGAUCCUGAAUCCUCCUCCGUCUCCGGCUACAGUCCGGUCUCAGUACACCAUGGAGUUUGGUUAUUCCUCCAACAGUCCGUCCACCCACAGGUCCUACAGCUACCGGCCGUACACGUACCGCCACUUUGCCCCGCCCACCACGCCGUGCAGCACCGACGUGUGCGACAGCGACUACACGCCGGGCCGCCAAGUGCCGCUGAAGGCCAAAGGCUACGCUAGCGACCUGAACUACGACUCGGAGCCGUUCCCGCCACCGCCCACGCCUCGCAGCCAGUACCUGUCGGCGGAGGAGAACUGCGAGAGCUGCCCGCCGUCGCCUUACACUGAGCGCAGCUACUCCCACCACCUGUACCCGCCGCCGCCCUCGCCAUGCACGGACUCCUCGUAGCCACGCCCCCUCCAAGCUCCACCCUCUCACUGUAAAUAGCAAUUGUGCAUAAAUGAGGUCAAAAAUGGGAAAGAGACUGAAGACGAGGAAAAGGGAAGCCGCAGAACAUUUGUACAUUAAAGAGAAACAUAUUUAUAUAUUUUCUAUACAGUGUUUACUGACGAUAGAGGUUUGUAGCCACAAAUUUGUACAUUUUUUAAGAAAAGUUUUUAUUAAAAUCAUCACAAAUAUAAGUUGCCUUAAAGCAGGAGAGCCGAGGCUGAAGGACUCCAACCAGUGAGACAUUUAACUGAUGCCAAAUAGACUGGAGGCUCCGCCCACUGCGACAGGAGGCUCCACCCACUGCUGCACCACGGCGGCCAUCUUGUCUGUAGUUUCCUGGCGUUUGUGGCUCUCUGGUCUGAAUUUACCUCCUCUUCUUUCACUGACGGCUCGCAGGACGCCGUCCGGACAGGAAGUGAGUCGCUCUGAGCCCGAGCAAUAAGGCACAUAUUGAUCCGUCGAUCGAUCCAUUGAUCGAUCUAUUCAUUGAUCCAUUGAUCGGAGCUGCUGAAAUGUACAGAGGCCAGAGAGGACGCCAGCAAAAUGUUCUUCUGGAUGCACAACUAACUACACAACUCAUGAUGAACUGUUAAAGUCUAAGAAGUUUGUUGUUUUAAACUACAAAUACCGCAAACUUAGUUUAGUUCACCGUAAACUACACACUGUACUACAAAUUAUACACUAAAAACUACACUUUAUGAUCUACACAACUUUACAUACUAUAACCUAAACUACUAAACUACUCGUUACCCACAACAACUAGUGCUGCUAACUUCACUCUAAACUACAAACACCACGUUACUACAAACAGACUUAAACUACAAACUGACUUAAACUACAAACCGAUUUAAACUACAAACUGAUUUAAACUACAAACUGACUUAAACUACAAACCGAUUUAAACUACAAACCGACUUAAACUACACCAUAACCUCCAGGACCCAGGUGUUUUGUGCUCUUGUCCCCUCCAGGCCUCCGUACUCAGCAGUAAAACACUAAAACGAGUCGUUGGUUUUUGUUCUCAUUGAAACUGACUGAAGCUGAGUCCUUCGGCUCUCGCCUCGUCCUGUUUUUGUGUUCGGAUCCGUUUUGUGGCGCCGAGGAGGCGGCGUUUCACAGGAACUCGAUCUUGUGCCUGACCGGUUUCUCAGCUUCGUGCGUUUUUUUUAUGUUUGAGGAAGUGGCGCCCACUAAAUGCUCCAUAGUAUUUUUGUACCACAUAUUCUGUAGAUACGUAUUUAUAAGCUAUAUAGAAAAUCCCUGUAAAUCUAUCAUUGCAGUACUUUUCAUUCCAUCUUUUUUAUAUUGCCUCAUUAUAUUUUUCUACAGAAUAUCAGUCAAACGUACGGCGACAAUCUCCCAUCAGUCCGCCGUAGAACAAAUCAAGGUUUAGCUCCAUGGAAUCUGAGCUUUUGAAGGACUUUGGUGACAAAUGAAUCUUUUUCAAACAUCUGGAUGCAGAAGUCGGGACCAGAGUCUGUCUUUGUGACGACCACAAUCUGUUUCUAAAGUUUCCUCGUCAGAUGUUCCGUUUGCUGUUCGGCUCCAGAAAAAACACCAGCAUGAAUCUGAAGACAAUCUGAAGCUUCAAACAACAUUUCAUUCAUUUCUAAACUCUUCUGUCUUAACGAGACGUUUAGUCUUCAUCUGGAGAACCUCCAUAAAUAUGUUCCAUCACAAACAAUCAGAGACUUUGUUCGAUUCUCGCUUCACAUUUCUGAGUUUAGGUACGGAAACCAAAGCCGGCCCGUAUUUGAGACGUUCUACAUCUGAAGAGUUUCUCUGCAAAGCCAAAAGAUCAAAACUCUGAAAAGUUCAAUGUGAAGAAAAGUUGAAGAUCAUGAAGUUUAGAAACCAUCAAGGCAGAAGAUCAGAGGUUCGAGUUAAACCCAUAAAUCAGACACUCAGCCUUUUAGAACGUUCCUCUGAGAUGAAUUUAACUUUUUAAUCUGUAGAAAAGAUCCUUCAGGUUUCAUCAACGAUCUUCUUAAAGGUGUUUUUAUCUUAUCACACAGAACGUCUCUGAUAAUUUUUAGCGUCAGUACUCAAAAUCUAACAACACAAUGAUGGGUUUGGUUUCAAAUAUUCAAACGUCCACAUUAAAUAAUUAGAUGUUUGAAGACAUUUUUAGUUUGUGAAGACGGUAAUUCUGGACUGUCUGGGCCUUCGUAGAUGAUGAGUUUUGGACAAAUGGUGAAAUAAUCCUUAAUAAUUCUGAUUCAUAUCAUCCUGUAUGGAAGACCAGAGAGUCCAGAAAGACUAAAUGUUUGUAAAGUUCUGAGGAUCUUCGCUGCUGAAAUGUGAAGCUUUCUGUCUUUGAGGCCUUCAGAGAAUCAAAACAUUUUUCACCCGAAAACAAACUACCAAAAACCAGCACUGAAGCCAAAGUCCAGCCGACGUCAGACGUGGUUUUUUGGCUCCCCGCUGCCUCCAUAUGGCCUCCAGGUGUGCACACCUGAGAGCUUCCUGUGGUACAAUCACCUCGCUGAUCUUUGUGGGACAAGUUCUCAUUUCCUGACUGCACUUUACGGAACUUUCUGAGAAGAUUUCGGUACAAAAACCGUGUGAAGUUUGGACGUCUUCAGGGGAACAGAGUCUGACUGUCGGGAACUUUGUGGGUCAAAAACUUCCUCUGAUCAUCAGCAGUUCUGAGUGCUGGAGCCGCAAGUUUUAUUCGUCUGUAAACUCAAAAACUGUCUUUUUUUUUUCUUCUUGUGAAACUUUGUGUAAAAAUCAAACAAAAAUCAAAGUUAAAUGUAAAAAAAUGGAAUCAGAGAGAAGCGUUCUGAACCUCCAGCAGGAAUUAAAGGAAUAAUCGAUGAUGUGAAGAAGUUUUACUACAAAACUAAAGAAGCCAAAUCAGUCCAGAGUCUCGCUCAGACUUUGUCUCGAUGGAAUCCUGUUCUGACAUUUACUGUGUUUUUGUGCAUUUUGUGAGAAGUUGUGGGUCGAUUGGCCCCAAAACAUGGAUUUAAUCCGCAACAGAAGAAGUUCAGGUCUGAUUCUGUUCAUCUGUGGGAAGAGUUCAGUAGACGAGUAGAACUGUACAGGUUGAGACGGACGUGGAUGAAAAGGCUGCAGGAAGUACAGUUGUUUAAAAAAGGUAAUAUUUUCAAAUGAAAAGCACUUUUGUCUCCAGGUUUGUGGACAGGAAACGGUUUGUUGUUGGUCUCAUGGUGCUUCGUGGAGACGAGCCGUCGGUUUGUCUCGUUUUAAUUUCCACUACUUGUUGUUUUGUACGAUGCUUUCUGUAAACAUCGAUGGACCUGUACAGCCAUCAGCUGCACCAUAAGCUGUUGUAACCCAUUCAUGCUGAUUUUCUUUUUGUUAAAUAUAAAGUGAGUGAACGUUUA